AUGUUCGUUUAGACGCAAGCGCAGCACCCGACCACAGUCAACGGUCAUUUCAAAUAUUCACAGUGCACGUGUAAUUUCUGUAAACGUUAACGUACAGUUUGUAAAAUCGUUGUGUCGAAAUUGUUUAACAGUCCAUCGGUUUUAAUCUGUUUGUAUUAAUCUCAAAUAUAGUUUUUUUAGUAAUUAAAGGUUAAAAUGCGUCGAAGGACUCCGGUAAAAGAGCUUUUAGAUGAAGAACAUGUCGUGGAAUCGCCCGUCAGACGGUCCACGCGCAUUGCAGCCACCAGCACCCCAACAGUUGGUGUUUCAACUGGCGGAAAAAUCACUACUAGACGAAAUUCUAACAGCAGCGACUCCAGCAGUCAAUCAUUAUCGCGAAAAACAUUAUUGCAAGAAAAUAAGGAGGUACACACUCCAUCAAGAAGCACUAGAUCUGCGAGCAAGUCCCCUACGACUCUACUCAUGGAAAAUAGUCACAAGUCAACUCCAGUUGUCACCACCCGAACACGGAGAGUUUCUAGAUCUGGUAUGGAUGAAGAAAAUAACCCACCUUCAACAUCCACUGAACCCACAACACGUCGUGUAACACGUCGAAGUUCUAUAACCAGCGAUAAACCUCCGCAAUUAGACAAGAUUGAGGAAGCAAGUGAACCUCCAAAACCGCAAAGAAGAACGACCAGAAAACGAUCAUCUUCAAUUGAACCAACAUUAGAAAAAGUGGUUGAAGAAAAAGGCGAGGGAAAACCAACGAAUAUGGAAACAAUAUCCGAAACUGCAACUGAAGAACAGGAAAUAAAGACGACUAAAGAAGUUAAUAAAGAUGAAGUGAUCGGUAAAAUGCAAAGCCUAUCGCCCGUUGUAAUCAUGGAACGUAUCAAAGAUAAAGUUGUUGAUGUUGUAAUUGAAGAAGGAGAUGUAAUUGUAGAGGAAAAUUCCAUUGAAUUUUUGGGGGUUCAAAUUACAGAGAAUAAUGAUAACGAAAACGUGGCGGAUGAAACUGAUAUUGAGGUGUCAAAUUUAAAUUUAGAACUUAAAAUUGAUAACAAUGAAGAAACAAAAGAGAAACUUGAUAACAGUGGUUCUUCAGAUAAAGAAAAUAUUAACGUUAAAGAAACAUUUAAUAUUUCAACAUCCGAAUUUAGUGCCAACAAAUCUAAUUCAUCUCCAAGCUUAACAAAAAGAAAGUCUGAAGGUGGUACUAAAUCUGAUAAUAACGAUGGUAUUCGUAAAAGAUUUAAAUCCAUUAGCCCAUCUUUUGAUUCAGAAAGUAAUGAUGAAAAUAAAGCCAAAUCUGUUGUAAAUACGCCAGAUACUGUAAAAGAUAAUAUAUCUAAAGAAAUGAAUAAUUCUCCAAAAAGAACACCAACUAAAAAUGUUGAAACUGAAACGUCAAAAGAUAUUAAUAAAUCUCCAUUAAAAAAAUCAACUGUAGAUAUUGAAACGAAAACACCUAAAGAUAUUGAUAAAUCGCCAAUGACGAGAAAUAAAAAAUCGACAGAAAUUAAUAAUAAAUCUCCUUUCAUUACACCAAAUGAAAAAUCUAUUUCUGAUACUAAAGAAUCUGAAAAAAUGGAUAAAUCCCAAGAUGAGCGUGAUCUAAAGAAGUCUUUUAAAAGCGAAAUUUUAACAUCACCAGUAAUAAUCGAUUUAAUAACUCCAAUGAAACCACCUUUAAAAUGUGAUGAAGACAAAACGCCGAAUAAAUCAUCCAAAAAAUUAGGAGAUAUGUCGACAAUAUGUGUUGAUGAUAUUGAAACGCCUGAAACUGAUAAAUCAUCAAAAAAUAAUAAAUCUUUGGCAGAUUCAAUACAAGAAGUUGAAACUGAAGUAAUUGAUGUUCAAAAAGACCUAGAUGUGUCUAAAGAAGUGAUAGAAUCAAAGAAAUUGGAACUGCAAAAGAAAGCUUUUAAUGAUGCAGUUAAUACUAGCAAUGAAGAAAUAUUAACCGAAAAUAUUGCUGAUUCUAAAUCAAAAAUUAUUGAAGAAAAAUCACAAUCUCUUGAUGAUCAAUCAAAAGAAGAUGAAGUUGAAAAAAAUAAUGAAAAGGGGAGUGAAAAUACGGAUUCUCCAGAUCUUUUUGUAUCUGAAAAUGGAAAAUCUAUUGAUGAGACUAUGGAAGUAGCGAAAAAUGUUUCAAAACAUAAUGUUUUUUCAUCACAAAGUGAAAAAUCCGACAAUGAAACUACGAAAAUAAAUGUAACCAUUUCACAAGAUGACGUUUUUGUAUCACAAAGUGAAAUAUCAGAUAAUGAAGCUUCGAAAACGGAUGGAAACGUUUCACAAGAUGAUGUUUUUGUAUCAGAAGUUGAGAUAUCAGAUAAUGAAACUACAAAAGCGGGUGGAAAAUCAGAUGAUGAAACUCAAAAAAUAGAAAGAAAUGUAUCACAAGAUGAUGUUGUCGUCUCAAAAUGUGAUUUUAAAUCACCAAAGAUAGAUAAAAAUGUUUCACAAGAUACAAAAAAUGAUAUAUCUACAAAAGAUGAUGUUCUUACAUCAAAAUCGUUUGGUGAAACUUCAAAGAAUGACGAUUCUGAACAAUCAAAAGAUGAGGGAAAACCAUCGAAUAAAUCAAUAACAUCAUUAAAAAGUUCUAGUCAAGAAUCUCUUUUAAGUUCAGAAAUUGAUGAAAGCGAAUUAGCUGAAAUCAGUCAAUUUAUGAAAGAUUUUUCUCAUGGUUUGAACAAACCUAGAAGAUCUUCAUUGAAAUCUAUUCAAGAAAAUAUAUCAACAAAAUCGGGCGAUGGUAAAAUUGUUCGCGAAAAUAAAAAUAAAUUAGAAUCCAUAGUUGAAGGUAAUGCAGCUACUGAUAUUGAAGCAACUAAGGAUGAUAUCAAGAAAAGAAGAUCUUCGUUGAAACCAGAUAAAGGUAAUAAAUCAAUUCAAGAAAAUAGGAAUUCAGAAAUAAAACGUAAAUCUAUGGAAAAUAGAAAAUCAAUUUCUGAUGAUAAAGAAUCGACUUUAAAAAGUACCAAUGAAGAUAUUAAUUCACGUAAAUCUAGAGAAAAUAAAAAAUCAGUUUCUGAUGAUAACGAAUCAGAUGAAGAAAGUGAUGAUACAGAAGAUAUUAAUGUUGAAAUACUUGAUGAUGAUGUUGAAACGAAUGAUAAAGAUAUUGCAGAAAAGAAUAAAGAUGUCGAAACAGAUGAUGAUGAAAAUUCAGAAGAGGAUGAUGAUGAAGAUGAUACACAAAAUGAUGAAGAAGAAUUAAACAAAAAUGAAUUUAUUGAUGAUAUGGCUGAAGAAGUAGAUGAUGAAGAAAUUGAUGCUUUUGACAAUAGUAAUGAUAUACCAGAUGAUGGUGAAUCAAUAAAUACAAUAUCAACUGAAAGAGAUACCGAUGAAGAAAGUGAUUGUUAUGGAAAUGAUUCCUUUAUUGAUGAUGGUGAAGAAAAUAACGAAUUAUUAUCUGGGAAUGAAGAGUAUUUCAAAGAUGAUAAUCUUAAAAUUAAAGAAAAAAGACAGAGAGGAGAUGUUGAUAAGAAAUAUUCACGAAUUGUUAAAAAUGAUGAUUCAAGUAGUGAAGAAGUUGAACCUGAACUUAUUCCAGUUGAAAAACAAACGGUCGAUAAGCCCGCUGAAGAUGAUAAAGACAAGGAGAUUCUUACUAUUUGCGUUGAUGACAGUGAAAGUGAAAAUGAGCCAGCAGCCACUGUUACUGAAGAUACAAACAAUUUUAAUGCAUCAAUGAAUACUUCGAGAAGAAAUUCAUUGAGGAAAUCAUCAAUUACUAUUCAAGAAAAUAUUUCACUUCAAGAAGCUGAACAUGGUAAUCUUUCUGAAAGAAUAUCUAAAGUUGUUGAAAUGUUUUGUACUGGAAUUAAAAGCAGUAAUGAAAUAACUGGUAAUAUAUCAUUAAAUGUUUCAUUGGGGUAUGAAGAAGACCCAAAUGAUGAAGUAUUUGUAACUAAUAAACGAAAGUCAACGGAACCUGCGAAUGUUGAUAAAGGGAUGUCACCUGAAAAAAUACGAAAAGUUACUGAAACUGACGAUGAUGAAGUUAAUGUUGAACCAAUUUCAUUGUCUCCAUCUAAAUCUAACCCAACUCAAGAUGAUUUUGAAGAACAUGUUGGUUCAUCAACAAAAAUAACACCUAGUAAGAAAAAUCUUGAUGUAAAAGAAGAUGAAUUUAAUAUUGAUAUACUAUGUCCUAAGAAAAAUAACAAGUCUCCUUCUCCAACUAAACAGAAAAAAUUAAGAAAUAAAACUAAAAAAAAUAAAGAAAAUGAUAAUAAUCAAGAAAUUACCAAAGAAGAGUUAAAACCGAAAAAGGAAAAGAAAUUAAAACAAAUCAACAAAAAUGAAACUGAAUCCCAAACAAUAUCUAUGAAUGAAAAUAAGCAAAAAGUUAAAAAAGACUCAGAAAACAAACAAAAGACCCCAAUACAAACUAGAAGCAAAGCAAUCUUAAAUAAAAAUGAUAAUAACGAAAAGCCAAUUCAAAAAAGACAGCGAGAAAUAAAAAAACCAAUCGAAGAUGAACCAAAACAAAAACAACAAAAAAUAGAAUCUUGCGAUGGUUGGUCAGUUCGUCCGGAUAAAAUUGUUCCGUCUUUGUCCGAAAUUCCAAGAAAAUUUCAAGAUAUUUUAUCCAAAUCUGACAAUAAAAACAAAACUAAAUCUAAAAAACUCCAAUUUCCUUACACAAAUGUUAAAGAUGAAUCUUGGGAAGCGAAACCAAGUUCUCACAAUGAACUUUUACCCAAUCGUAAUUUUAAAACUGCAACAAGAUCUAAAAGAGUUGUACCUAGUAUCAGUACAGAUUCUUGGGAGAUGAAAUCAAUUUCUCCUAGAGAACGUGUUAGUAAUAAGAUGGAUAUUGUUAAGAAGAAGGGAAAUCAGAAUGCUGGAUCUUCUAAAGUUCCUUCGUUUCAUCCAAAAGACUUCAAAAAUCAAAUGCUUCAUUGUAUGGGGCGGGUUGAUCGAAUGGAUUCCAAGAUUCUUUUGAGGAGCAAGAGAGCUGUUUAAAAUGGUAGCGUUUCGUUUAUUUAGAUUAACCUGUCAUUCCUAAUACUUAUACUUACUUCAUUUUUGUUUAAUAUAUUAUUAUUCAUGCUUA